AUGAGCCUUGCACUUCAAGGGUUCAGGAAAACUGAUCCGGAACAGUGGGAAUUUGCAAAUGAGGAUUUUGUCAGAGGCCAGCCGCAUCUUUUGAAGAAUAUUUAUAGACGAAAACCUGUUCACAGUCAUUCUGGCCAAGGUGCUGUGCAUUCUCAGUUAACUGAAUCCGACAGGCAAAAGUACAGAGAUGAAAUCGAGAGGUUGAAAAAUGAUAAAGAGGUGCUUCAUAUGGAACUACGUAGGUACAAAAAGGAGGAAGAAGGACUUGAAUCGCAAUUGAAGGGUUUUAAUGACCAUAUUCUACAUUUAAGACAGAAACAAAAGAACAUGAUAUCUCUCUUGGCUGGAAAUAUUGAGAAGCCUGUGGUUGUUAAAAAGCAGAUGGCCCAACAUGAUUUGCCUAACAAAAAGAGAAGUCUACCAUGGAACACUCUCAGGGAUGAAAUCAGCAUGGAAAUCACUUCGCAAGUGUCAAGUAAAGAGGAUUCAGGUGUGACUUCUCUUUUAGCGUUUAAUGACAACUUGCUGCAGCAGUUGGACUCUUCAUUGACUUUUUGGGAAAAGGUAUUGACCGACAUUGGUCAGAUUUCUGGAAAACAUAGUUCUUCCCCAGUGAUGGAUGAAUCUAGAAACUGUGCAGAGAGCCCUGCCAUGUCCUACACCCAACAAAAUGUUGAUGAUGUAGAUACCGGGUCGAAAACCUCAGAGAUUGACGUGAACUGUGAGCCUAAGACUGCUAUGGUAGCGGUUGUGUCUGCCUCAGAAGAACAAGUAGCUGUGAAACCCACAAAUGUGACCGCAGGAGUCAAUGAUGGAUUUUGGUCUCAAUUUUUGACUGACAAUCCUGGUCCAAAUGAUGCAUCAGAAGUUCAAUCAGACAGGAAAGAUUUGUUGGGCAGAAAAAAUGAAAGUAAAUCUCUUGAUCAAGGUAGAUAUUGGUUGAAUAUGAAGAGUGUAAAUAAUCUUCCAGAACAGUUGGGGCACCUUGCUCCUGCAGAGAGGACUUGA